AUGGGUGAUGACAAGGAAGGCAGUAAAAAGUCUGUUCCUAGUAGCGUAUCAGUUGUAUUGGACAUCACCAAGGGUAUAGACGAGAAAGCGUUCCAAGUCGUGAGGCAAAAACCAUAUGAUAUUCAAAUAACGACAUAUAUUCCGCGUAAAGGACACAUUCUGACCAAGAUCUUGGAAGGAAGCUCUAUUAUAUGGAUAGGAUCUUGGGAUGAUGACGAAAAAUGCACAAAGGUUUCAAUAUGUUCACACAAUGGCCAAUUUUUAGCUCAUUUACAUACAGUGGAGCCAGGGUUCUCUGAAAGGACGAGUCAUUACAUGAAGUUAAAGCGAUCAUGGAAUGUCAUUAGCGAAGAUGUCUUCUACGAAAGAUUCACACGUUUGGUAUUUAGUAAUUCUAUACUCUACCCAUUGACUUUGGAUAUUGGAAAAGUUGUGGAUACAUUCCAUUUCUUUGUAAAUCGGUCGGAAAAACUUCCAUUUUCAAUUUAUAUGCCAACUCCAGGGUAUAUUUUGAGUAGAGUUUUUGAUGGUCUUACUACCAUUUGGAAGAGUAACUCCAUUUAUGAGACUUGUGCAUACGUUAGCGUAUAUCCUAACAUUGGAAAACCUUUGCUUGCGCAUUUGAUAAUUGCUAAUUCUAAGGGUGAUGAUGAAGCACUGUUUUUCAGGAAAGCUCUAAUGCGUUGGAAACCGAUUUCUAAAGAUGAAUACACUAGUAAGCUAGAGGAAGUUGGACUAAAACAGUAUGAGUUAAAGACAACAAUCGGAUUUGACAUAAUUCAUCCAGAUACAAACAAAUUUAACAUCAAGCUUUCAUAUAUCGCAAACAUCCACACUUACAUAUCGGUGCCACUCCCAGGAUUCAAGGUGAAUAGAGUUAUAGAUGAUGGAUUUCCAAUUUGGAAAGCUAAAGAUGAUGAAAAAUGCGUAUAUAUUUGCUAUUCUACGGAUGAAAAAGACCCAUUCUUGUCUCACCUAUUGAUUUCUGACUCUGAAAACAAUUGCAGACUCGUUUACUAUUCAAAGCAUUUAGAUGGCACUUGGACUGAAAUAGACAGUCUCAAAUAUUUUUCAAUACUUACCAAUAGGAAUGAUCCAAUUUACACACACACUGUUGAGGAACCACGGCUACUAAUGAGUAGUUUCAAAAAUAAGGACGGUCUUAGGAUAAAGACUUAUGCAUCAAGAGUGGAUGAUCCAAAGGGAAGUGUAAUUCUUGUUCAUGGACUUCGUUCCCAUUUCAGAUCUACAUUUUGUAAGUAUAAUUACAAUUGGAACUGCAAAACCUUUGGAUUCCCAAUUUUUCCAACUAUUUCAACUGUAACAAAUGUACAAACUGAAUCAAUCUACAAUGAUUUGAAGUUUGGUUUAGGUAAAGAUAAAUAUAAAUAUUUCUUUGAGAAUACGUGUCUGGAUGGAAUUGAUGCAUUUUCAAUAUCGUCAAGAUACGAAUAUGAGGGAAGUUUUAUGGAAUGCCUCAAUAGGAUGGGUUACAAUGUAUAUGGUUUAGACUUGCAAUCACACGGUCUUUCUGAAUCCCAAACAGAGAAACGAUGCUAUGUUAGUGAUUUCAAGGAUUACGUUUAUGACGUGCUUCAGUUUGUGAGUAUCGUCAAGAGAGGUAAAUUUGGGGACCCCAAUCAAGUUUAUAAUGAGAGAACUAUCUACAAGGCCCAUUCUACUGAUGCCAAGUAUCAUAUUCUAGGAAGCUCCAUGGGUAGUAAUAUUGUUAUGCAAGCCGUGCAAGAGUUUCACAAAAACGCUAAAAAGGAAGCCAAAUUCAUGGAUUCUCUGAUUUUUCCAUCAGGAAUAUUGAAUGUAAAUGGUUUGAAUGCACAUAAAAAGAAAUUUGGUGAUCAAAUAACUAAAAUUCUUUUAUCAUUUGCACCAAAAACGGACAACCCUUUAGACAAUCCAUUUGGUUACGGGGAAACUUUUGGAACGUAUCUGAGAUUCAAGGAUCCUAUGUUUUUUAUUAAGAGGAUGACCCCUAAGGCGUUCGUUUCGUCAUUGAAUGCCCAUAGUUAUGCAACAGAAAACAUGACCUUUUACCCUUCGUAUUUGCCUGCUUUAUUCAUAGAUGUUUCGGGUGAUUCUAUUCCAAAUGCAAGGGAACGCAAGAACGCAAUAUAUAAUCACUUGAGGGGUAGAGAGAAUGUGAAGUUUGUGGAAGUGGAGGGUAAUUGUCACAAUACAAUAGCUCCGCAGUUUUUAUCAAAUGUAGCUCCAAUUUUGAACGAUUGGCUUGGUAAUAUAGCCAACAAUCCUUUGACAGAAGAGUCAGCCUAA